GAUAUUUCAUUAACAUUCUUGGGAGAGUAACAUUUAGUAGUGUGUACAAUUAACAUAAAAGCUAACAUGUGACCAGUAUAGACUAUUUACCAAUUGAAAAUGCAAAUGUUAUAUCUGCACAUUCUUGCCAUGCAUAACAAAAUCCUCAUGCUUGUUCUAUACAGUUUAUUUUUGCAUGGGUUAUUAUGAUAUUUAAGUUGCUGUGCUGUGCCUGCUCACUUUGUUAGAUAUUGUUCACUGUCUAUGUUCUCUUUUUUCUUUUCUUUUUUUUUCAUUGGAAAAGAAACAAUGAAAUGACCCAUUUAUUAUCCAUAAUAAUUUUCUUUACUUGACAUUAAAGUCAUAGUCUCCUCCUUUUUCAUCCCCCUCCUACAACUAGUAUUGCUCCUUUUGGCUUUGUGAUUGUGCAGAGUUUUCAUUUCUUUUUUGACAGAAAUGCAUGGAGAGUCACGAACAGACAUUCUCUCAGAUGCUUUCACAGUUUGCACUGAAUUGCCUGUCACCAAGACUACUCAGUCCUGCAUGAUGAGUUAUUAUGGACUUAAGACCUACUCACUUAGCCUGCUUUUUGAAAUAGUACAAUUUGCUAAAGCACAGAAAAUAGGAUAGGAUAUUUUUUGGUUUAGUAAUAUUAAUUUCUGGUUUGUCAGAAUACCUGAAUUUGGAAUGAAACAGUUUUUUUUUUUUCCAAACAGAUAAAAGGCACUUUAGUAAAAAUCAAGGUAGCCAGUAACAGGGGAAUGUAGCACAUCUAAAGUCAAAAGAGAAAUCGUUUUCCUCUGGGUUCUCUGCAUUUGUCUUGCCAUUUUGCAGUUUGUUUUAUUAUCUUGGUCAUUAUGUCGCAGUGUGAUUUUGUUGUUGUUGUUUUUUGGGAGGGAGGGUCUUUGUCUAAGUCAUCUCCUUUGUUGGAUUUAAGUUAUAUUAUGUAUGCCAUUUGUGGACCAUGGAUCACAGUGAAUUUUCUUUUUUUUUUUUUUUGGCUCUUCAUCAUUCAACUCAUUUAUACCACCAUGAAAGUAUUGUUCUUCUUUCUUCUAUGAUACAAGCACCACUGACCAAUUUUUUCCCCUCUGGUCUCUCUGUUUCUCAACCAUUUUUGUUGAUUUUUUGUUGGAUUUUAAUUUGUAUGUUUAAAGAAACAGUUGAGCGAAGUACAACAAGAACACUGCCUGCUGGUUACCCUCACAAACCUGUCUUUUCAACAAGAUCUUACCAGGCAUGGUCGGCUGCUCCUGCUACCAUCCCUGGGCAAACAAAAUGUGGAUUGGGUUCCCUCUCCAGCUCACCUUCCAACACGCCAUCUGCUUCGCCAUUAAAGUCAGUCUGGUCAAUAACCUCAGCUUCUCCACUCAAGUCCACCCUGGGAACCACCAAUGCAUCUCCUGUAAAGUCUGUUAGCGACAUAGCGUCACCAAUUAGAACAUACAGAUCUCUCUCUUCACCUAUAAAAACUGUUGUUCAGCAAGGCCAAUACCCUUCUCCAGUUUCUAGUGGUCUCAUGUCUUCAUCUUUUAAAACCGGCACAGAUCCUGUGUCAAUCAAGGGACUUGCUGCUUCAUUGUCUUCAAGACCUAACUCGGUACCACCAUCUGGUUCCAUACUUGAUAGAACAUUCACCACAAUGACCCCCCCUGAAUCUCCAAAGUCAGUUGCAAAUUUGUAUACUUCAGCUUUGUCACUCCGAUCGACUCUUACUUCCGCAUCUACCGUAGCAACACCCACGUUUAAAACCUUAACAAGUCUGUCGUCUAUGAAAACAUCUCCAGAUCGAGGUACAGUCUCCAAUGGGACAGUUCUCUCAUCGCUUUCUUCACCAGCUGGGCCUACUGUUGUCUCUGCUGACACAGUCCUUCUUAAUGGAUCUGUGUCACCAGUCAAAUACCCCUCUUAUUCUUCUAUAUCACCCCGUCUACUCUCAGACGGAUCUAGCAGUUUGCAGGAGAGGAUACAAGCUACAACACAAGCAGCUGCUUCCAGUGUUAGUGCAGCUUUUUGUGAGGCUGAAAAAACUCUGAUAGGCUAUUCUACAUCAAGCUAUGACACAAUAAAAUCCAUGACAUCUCCUCUGAGAUCAAAUAUGUCAAAUUCAGUGUAUAGUUCCUAUAGAGCCCCUGGUCCUUCCGGUACCCCACUAUCAACUAAUGCUAUGACCGUUCCAGUUUUCUCGCUAGUGAACGUUCUUCCCGAGCCUCAAGAAAAAAAGAUAUCAGACACAACUUCACCUCAGACAACCACUCAUACACCAUCAUUUACUCCCAGAUCUAAACCCUCAAAACCCCAACUCUUUAUCCCUUCAGCAGCAUUUAAAUCAGCCACUGCCUCGCAAAUGUCAUCAAAUCAAGAUAUUUUACGGGACGUGGCAGACAUGAAAGAGGGUCUUAUAAAAAUGACUGCCAUAUUGCAAACUGAUGCCGCUAAUGUAUCGAAGACGUAUCAGUCCCAGGCUACCAUGGCUAAAAUGGAAGAUGAGGAACCUUUCAGUUUAGUCGAGAAAGUUAAAGAAGAUCUUGUGAAAGUUAGUGAAAUCCUCUCGAAGGAUGUCCUGAGUGAGACAAAAGUCUGCACUAAGGACAAAGCAUCUGAGGAUGAGUGGGAAGAGUUCUCUAAAGACGAAAUAGAGGAGGCUCAACAGAGUGUCCUGAAAUCCCAUCCCACAUUUGAAUCCACCCUCCCGGUUAGACCACAGUCAGUGCAAGACAAGGACCUGAAUUUAGCCAAGGUGGUUGACUACUUAAUGAAUGACAUUGGUGCUAGUUCACUUUCGAAAAUUGCUGGUGAAAAGAGCAAAUACAAUGAAAUGAAGGAGGGGGAGGAAAAACAGAAACGUACAUUCAAAUCUGAGCAUAAACUCAAAAUGCCACCUCCAGGCAUGCGCACCUCUCCUUCAGAGAAAGAUUUAUGCAAAUUAUCCGAUUCGUACAGUGGUACAGAUGCAAUUUUGGAAUCCCCUGAUGACUUUUCCCAUGAUCAGGAUAAAAGCCCACUCUCAGACAGUGGGUUUGAAACCCGAAGUGAAAAGACUCCUUCGGCUCCUCAAAGUGCAGAGAGCACAGGACCCAAACCUCUCUUUUCAGAUGUCCCUAUUCCCCCAGUCAUAACAGAAACCAGAACAGAGGUCGUUCAUGUCAUCAGAAGCUACGAACAUCCCGAAGAGACCUGCGAGCCCCUACUGGAAGAAGCUGCCGCAUUGCAGACGCCUGCCUGCAUCGAACCGGAGUCAGCUGCUGGCUCGAUCAAAGACAAAGUAAAGGCCUUCCAGAUGAAAGUCAGUUCUGAAGAUGAUUCUGUAAUGAGCAAAAGUAUGUGUCUGAAAGAGGAAACUCAUAUAACCACCACAACUAGAAUGGUCUACCACAAACCCCAGUUAAAAGAGGCAGGCUCUGACAGAAUCGAAGAAACCAUGUCAGUUCGAGACAUAAUGAAAGCUUUCCAGUCAGGAAGAGACCCUUCCAAAGAACUGGCUGGGCUAUUUGAACACAAGGCUAGUAAGGAUUCGAUCAAAGGAGAUGAAUUAACACCACGAUUCCUUGACAAGGACACAAAACCCAAAGUUGAAAGAAUAAUCGAGGUUCAUAUAGAAAAGGGCAACACAACAGACCCAACAGAGGUAAUAAUCAGAGAGACAAAGAAACACCCUGAGUAUGUAUGCAAAGGCCGUAGUCUGAAGGAAUUUUCGAACAGGGUAGAGGGUGAUUUCGGGGCUCUGCAAGAAGACGAACUGUUUACUGCUGAGGAAACAGUGCCCUCUUUCUUAGAAACCUCUAGAUACAGUACGUCUGUUUCUCAAGAGGAGGAGAGUCGACCCGGUUCUGCUCAGCUCAUUGCUGAUGACUCAUAUAAAGCUUUUAAACUCCUAAGCCAGCAGUCCAUUGAAUAUCAUGACGACGAAUUGUCCGAGCUGAGGGGAGAGUCGUAUAGAUUUGCCGAGAAAAUGCUUCUUUCUGAAAAAUUAGACGCGUCACAGUCCGAUACAGAGGAUUCAGUCAUUAACCAGGGAAACGGUGUCACUCCUGAAUUAGGAGCAGAAGGAUUUUAUGGCCCCAAAAAAGAAUCGGUUUUCAGGUCAGCAAGGGACACAUCUGACAAUUAUUUCCAUAAAGAUCAGUAUGAUAAACUGACUGUGUUGCACUAUACAACAGAACCUGGCAGCCCCAAACAUACAGUCAGGAUGCGUUUCACCCAAGAUAGGCAAGACAGAAAUAGAGAGAAACUUAUAUAUGAAGAUCGUGUCGACCAAACUGUUAAAGAGGCCGAAGAAAAACUAAGUGAAGUUUCACAGUUUUUUAGAGACAAAACAGAAAAGCUAAACGAUGAGCUUCAAUCCCCUGAGAAAAAGCCUCCCAUGAGAGACUUCAGAGAGACAAGGUCAGGCCCAAGCUCAGUGUGCAGUAGUCCUCAGAAAACAAAGCAGAAAACUGAGAUGAGCUCUGAGGAAUGGGAUAAGGGGAAGCAGAAAUUGUUUGGUAGCAUGAAUGAAAGAAAAAGCACUAGUUUGCCAAGCAGCCCAGAGAGGCGUAUGCAGUCAUGCUUAAAUGAGGACAAAUCAAAACAGGAAAACAGUGCUUGGCAGUCAAAGCCAGGUGAUAUCUCUCCCCCGGUUCAAGUUAAGACUUCCACAGUGAGCUCUGUUAGGCUCAAAUUCGAAACAGAGCUCCAAAAUCAAGAUAAAAGUAUGCCAAGUACACAAUCAAAACCACCUGUGAAAAAACUCCAGGAAAGUAAGUUACCCGUGUAUCAAUUUUUUGCUGGCUCAAAGGCUUCGAAGGUAGAUUCCACAGAGGAAGGAACGCCUCUGAACAAAGCCGCAGAGAGUGAUAAAAGUAAAGUGACCUACGGGCAAAGUUCAUCUUUUAGUAAAUUUGGCAUUGCGUCGUGUUCAUCAGAAAACCUUAGCGACGCCAGUAAAAUCAGAACUAGUGAAAGUGGCAAGGAACAAAUCCGUAACGCCGUAAAAGAUGCUAGCGGUAUCGAUAAGCAGAGCACGAUCAGUGUUGACCUUAGGGGGCAACAUUUUAAAAAUGAUUUACUUGUAAAGGAGAUCCAGUCAGAUUUGACAUCAAAAAAGAACCACGUUGACAGUGACGAUACACAAAUGAAGACUCUGAAAAAAAAGAUCACGGAAUCACAAAUUCCUGUGAGGAUGUCAUCUGGUCACCCUGAUGCCGAUCAAGCAAAGAAAGCAGUUGUUAAACAAUUGGAAAAGAGUGCGUCACAUAUACCUACCUUAGCUAAAACGAGAGUUCAGGGUCGCUCAGAACAGUCUAGAGAUCCAAGUUCAGGUAACUACAGUGACACUAGUGCAGUGGAAAAGGUUACCACGGUCACCACCAGAGAAAGUUUCAAAGGACUGAAAACAUUACCGGUUUAUGUGAGUGUACAAGUAGGAAAACAGGGUGAGAAAGAUUUAGCAGGAGGGGCGAAUGGAUCUUUCAGGAAAAUAGUCGGGUCAGAGAGCCGAACGAUUUACACGGUCAAACAGAGACAGCCAACGUCCCCUCAGGGUAGCCCAGACGAUGACACAUUAGAACAGAUAUCUUUUCUCGAUAGCUCUGGGAAAAGUCCCAUGACCCCAGAAACACCUAGCUCGGAGGAAGUCAGUUACGAUCUCACUUCACGAAACCCUGAAUGUUUCAUGGCAUUCAUACCAGGCAGCUCUAGUCCAAUAGCUGAAGUCUCAGAAGAAUCAGAGGAUUCAGAGCAAGACAAAGCAUUUACAUUUAAAGAACCUGCCCCAGAAAAGCUCCUAGACACCAAGCCGGCCAACAGGAAUCAGGAUACUGGACAGACAAGUAAAGACAAACGAGUUGCCUACAUAGAGUUUCCUCCUCCCCCUCCCUUGGACACGGAUUCAUCACAAACAGAGAAAAAAGGGUCCUCUCCUUCCCUAGAGAUAGACACUGAUAUGAUGGAGGUCAACCUCCAGGAGGAGCAUGAUAAGCAUCUACUUGCCGAGCCCAUAAUUAGAGUCCAGCCUCCAUCCCCUGUGCCUCCAGGAGCUAAUGACAGUGACUCAAGUGAAGAUGAAUCAGUAUUUCAGCCCAUUCCUGUUAAGAAAUAUACCUUUAAAAUUGAUGAGCAGGACCACGAGAAGGAAUCCAAACUGAAAAAACACGACAGAAAUGGCAAUAAUAGAGAACCUGGGAUAAAUGGUAAUGGCAAAGCGGAGGAUAAUGACUAUGAACAAAAUGGCAAUGAUCAGUCCAUUACAGACUGCUCAAUAGCAACCACUGCCGAGUUCUCUCAUGACACAGAUGCCACAGAGAUUGAUUCUCUGGAUGGGUAUGACUUUCAAGAUGAGGACGAUGAACAUGAUGUGAAAUCAUUUGGAUUUUCCAGCGAAAACAGAAAAGACAUUUGGGCGUCAGAAAGCAUGCUCAGGCCCAGUGACCGUUCUUUCAGCCAAAGUAAACUAGAAGUAAUCGAAGAGGAAUCACCAACUGAGGAGUACAAAAAGGCGAAACCUAAGAGUGAUCCUUCUGUUAAAAAAGCUGAAAAUGGAAAAGACAACGAAAAGGACAAAAAGCAAUCAAAUGAAGAAGGACUGCCUGACACGUACUUCAGCUACAAGCUUGAGGAAGAGUUUAAUACUCCAUUUAAAACUGUUGCAACAAAAGGCUUGGACUUUGAUCCUUGGUCGAGUAAAGGAGGAGAUGAUGAAGUCGUUGAUGCUAGAAUUAAAGAUGAUGAGCCCAAGCCUUUCGGGCUAGCGAUAGAUGAGAAGUCUCAAGCGACUACGCCUGACACGACUCCUGCAAGAACUCCAACCGAUGAAAGCACGCCAACUAGUGAACCUAACCCGUUCCCCUUCCAUGAAGGGAAGAUGUUUGAGAUGACCCGCAGUGGUGCAAUUGACAUGAGCAAACGGGAUUUUGUUGAAGAGAGGCUGCAGUUUUUCCAGAUUGGCCCUCAAAGUCCUUGUGAGAGGACAGACCUGCGAAUGGCUAUAGUGGCCGAUCAUCUUGGCCUUAGCUGGACUGAGCUGGCCAGGGAAAUGGAUUUCUCGGUUGAUGAGAUAAAUCACAUCCGUGUGGAGAACCCCAACUCGUUGACAGCUCAGAGUUUCAUGCUAUUAAAGAAAUGGGUCAGCAGGGACGGUAAAAAUGCCACAACGGAUGCCUUAACUGCAGCACUGACAAAGAUCAAUCGGAUGGAUAUUGUGACAUUGCUGGAAGGGCCAAUAUUUGAUUAUGGUAACAUUUCAGGCACAAGGUGUUUUGCAGAUGAUAACGCAGUUUUCCGGGAUCAGGCUGAUGGUUACCACGACAUCAGUCUGGAGCUGCAGAGUCCCUCAGAUUUGUCCUAUGAACCCCCGACCCCUCUCCGCCUCGACGAUUUCUUUAGUGAGGAUGGUAGUGUAGUCUCUCCCAGUAGAACCCUCAUUAGACCCAGUGAACUGUCCUUGGCGACCACCUCCAGGGAUGCACUCUCCCCAAACGCAGCACCCCCUACUGUGGUAGCUGAGGAUUCCUCAAUAGGAGGCAGAGGGUCUUGUAGUCGAGGAGGGGGCUCGACUGAAGAUGACCUGGAGGUCCAUGACAGUGACGAGGUGUCUAGACAUCCGGAAGUGUUCGCAGAGAGCGCUCUCCGAGAGCAAGAGGUUCCUCCCAAUGGAGCUUGUGGGGCUAGAAAAUGUGGCAGGUCUGGUUUUGAAGAGGACGAGGAGGAAGAGAUGACACAGGAAAAGUCUCCUUUUAAGGGCAUUAUCUUGGAGGAAGGGUCAGAGAAUGAGGAGAUAUCCAGAGAAAGAGUGCAGGCAAAUCUCUCACAAGUGCAAAAGACAGACAAAGAGAUGUCUUCGAUUGCAGGGUUGCAAGAAGGGGCAUCCAGUGUGAGCAAGGAGAUCUCUUCUUCAGUUCUGCACACGGAUACACAAAUGCAGCAAGAGAGGAGCCAAAAGCCAACAUCCACUCCACCUGUGCUGCAAGCUGAGAAACAGAACGGGGAACAUCCAGAGCUCCAAGCCGGGUCACUCCUUGAGGCCCAAGAACCACCCAGAAAGAUGAAGGGCAAAGGCAGCAGGGACUCUGAGAAAAUGGAUAGGAUCACCCCAGAUGACACCACCGCUGGGCCAAGCACCAUGGACCAGGAGACGGCAGAGCCUAAAGCUAAGCAGGGAGCAGAUAGAGACAAUGAGUCCAGUUCUGAUGAGGAACACACAGUCACCACCAGGGUGUAUCGGCGGAGGGUGAUUCUGAAGGGUGAUCAGGCCAAAAACAUUCCUGGUGAGUCAGUCACAGAGGAGCAGUUCACAGAUGAAGAGGGAAACAUUGUCACCAGAAAAGUCAUCCGGAAAGUGGUGCGUCGAGUGCCUGGAAAAGAUGAGAAAGGGAAGAAGAAGAGAGGCAGGCGCUCCAGACAGGCCGCUAGGGCAGAUCGUCCUGCUGAAGAGGGAGAGGAGGAAGAGGUGCCCUCUAUGAGCGCUGAGUGCCUUAGUGAAAACUCUGAGGUCGGAGAGGGAGACAAGAAGAAAGAAGGGCGACAAAGAGGGAAAAAGGGUCAAUCGUAACAGUCAUGUGUGCUAUCCGAGAUCUGAACUUGUUUUCCUGGGAAAAGGAUCACUGGAAACACAACGCAGGAGAUCAGGACACAGGAUUGUGCGUCUGCAGCCUUUACAUAAACGCAUGGUUUUUGGGAAGAGGACUUUAUGAUUUCGCAUGAGCAUGGAAAACCUCCGACUUUCUGUCAAUGACACAAAGCAUCUGAUCGGUGCCAGGAAAUGACACAUUCGCUCGAGACUGUUGGUGGCAUGAAGCGUCUUCUGCGCCUUAUGUCGAAGGAGUGCCAAUGACUAGAAAAAUGGCACUGAAGCAUUUCCAUGACCAAAGAUGGUACAAAGAGCAUUGUGGACUGACAGAAAUUGAAGAACAUGUUUUUAAAACCACCUUCAACACUCACCUUACCUCCCCCUUCCUCCCACACUGCCCCCCCCCCCCCUUCUCGGACUAGCGUCGGGCUGUAUAAUGCUGUUUUUAAAGAUCCUGUACAUAAACCAGAACUGUACAAAUUCUAAAGUAGCUCACAAAAUUGUGAAUGCACUGGCAAGAGAGAGUCACAAUGUGUGUUGAAAUGAAAUGAAAUGAAAAAUGAAAUGAAUGCUGAUAUUAAUUCCAACUUGAAAGAAAACGUUUAGGGGGUUAACUCCACAGGUACUUGUACACUUACACAAAGAAAAAGAACCUUUUUACACAAGAACAAGUUUGCUUGAUUUCAACAGAGUACAUUUCUUUCUAAGCAUACCACAAGUCUCAAUAAUGACAAGACACACAUAGCUGCAGUUGUGUUAAAAGAUUUACUCAGAAUACUAAUAUUUUGAUGCAUGUGAUUCACCUUAUUUUUGAUUUGUUUCCUAUCUACAUAACCAGAGGUGUGGUAAUUGUUCUAUCUGUGUGCACACUCAUAGCCUUGGUAUUUGUCACUAAUACUGUUUUAUAAUGACACCACUGUACCACAACAGACUCACAGGAAGUGAAUGGACUUGAUGGAAUGGUAAAAUUCUUGCAGCUAAAGGUUUCCUAUGCUAUGCAGUCGCGGACAAGCUUGGAGUGCGAGAGAGCGCGUCACGUCAACUGGCACACCGUUAACUUUUAACUGGUCUCAUGUGAACUGGCACUGAGAAGUCUUUCUGUAAGCCAACCAUUUGUAACCAUUCUAACAGUGUAUUACUAGGUUCCAAGGCUGCUGUGGUCAUACGGGGCAUUUUUUUAUUUGGGUUUGGUGAAAUAUUUCCUUAUGUUGAAUAUACUCAAAAAAAAGAGAGAGAGAGAGAGAGAGAGAGAGAGAGAGAGAGAGAGAGAGAGAGAGAGAGAGAGAUCGAGAUCACCUUCAGGUAUUCAUCGAAUGAUCUGGUAACAAACAUGUAUGAGAAACCAUACACUGGAUGAUUGAAUUAAUUAUUUAAGCAUAAAAUAAAUUGUGUUCAAACUCUGAAAA